CUUCUCCCGCCAUUUUCGGCGGGGCUGGGAGGCUGAGGCCAGCGGCGCCCCGGAAGAGGCGGGCGGCAUGGCCGCCGGCGUGGACUGCGGGGACGGGGUUGGCACCCGGCAGCACGUGUUUCUGGUUCCAGAAUAUUUAAAAGAUGCUUCAAAGAAGAUGAAAAGUGGGCUUAUGUUUGUAAAACUGGUUAACCCGUGUUCAGGAGAAGGAGCCAUUUACUUGUUCAAUAUGUGUCUACAGCAGCUGUUUGAAGUAAAACUUUUCAAGGAAAAACACCAUUCUUGGUUUAUAAAUCAAUCAGUUCAAUCAGGAGGUCUUCUUCACUUUGCCACACCCAUGGACCCUCUAUUUCUGCUUCUCCACUACCUUAUAAAGGCUGAUAAGGAGGGGAAGUUUCAGCCCCUUGAUCAAGUUGUGGUAGAUAACGUGUUUCCGAAUUGCAUCUUGUUGCUGAAACUUCCUGGACUUGAGAAGUUACUUCACCAUGUGACAGAGGAAAAAGAAAUAGACAACAAGAAAUAUUACAAGUACAGCAAAGAGAAGACAUUAAAGUGGCUGGAAAAAAAGGUUAAUCAAACUGUGGCAGCAUUAAAAGUCAACAGAGUAAAUGUCAGUACCCAGGUACAGUCAACUGCAUUUUUCUCUGGUGACCAAGCUUCCACUGACAAGAAAGAGGAUUACAUUCGUUAUGCCCAUGGUCUGAUAUCUGAUUACAUCCCUAAAGAAUUAAGUGAUGACUUAUCUAAAUACUUAAAGCUUCCAGAACCUUCAGCCUCAUUGCCAAAUCCUCCAUCAAAGAAAAUAAAGUUAUCAGAUGAACCUAUAUUAGGAACAUUUUGCCACAGAGAAGAAACACAGCAUCCUCAUAACUUCAAGCUUUUUGUGUUUUGAAAAUGCUUUGGCCUUCAGUUUUAUUAGCUGUGAGUUCCAUUCUCUUAGCUGAAGAUACCUUUCUAGUAAAAAAUAUAUAUCACCUAAACACCCUUUGCUGUCUUAAUUUCAAUAGAAACAUGUAUUUUUUUCUUUUCUUUUUUGGAGAUAGAGUCUCGCUGUGUCAUCUAGGCUGGAGUACAGUAGCUCAAUCUCAGCUCACAGCAGCCUCUGCUUCUCAGAUUCAAGCAAUUCUCAUGCCUUAGUCUCCUAAGUAGCUGGGACUAUAGGUACGUGCCACCAUGCGCAGCUAAUUUUUGUAUUUUUAUUAGAGAUGUGGUUUAGCCAUUGUUGGCCAGGCAGGUCUCGAACUCCUGAUCUCGAGUGAUCUCCCCUCCUUGGCCUUCCAAAGUGCUGGGAUUACAGUUGUGAGUCACUGCACCAAGCCGAAACAUAUGUUCUUAACAAAGUUGCAAGUAUACAUUCACUUGGUGCUGAUAGCUGGUUUAUUUGUGAUGGACUAGUCUUUUCCUUUUGAUGAUUCAUUUGCUAGAGGUUGCUGUGUGGCUAAGAGAAGGUUUUCCUACAGCAUAUGGUAUAUUCCCAGGAUGAGCCUCUGUUUUUUACAGUAAACAAUUUCAAGAUAUGGUAUCCUCUUGGGUUAUAGGAUAAAACACCAUGGGCUUUGGAAUCUUUUAGCACCAGCUCUACCAGUGCUUUGUUUAGCAAAAGCAGGGGCGUGAAGAAUGAAGUUAGGAGCAAAUCUAUUUCCUAGGAUAGAUCCAUGUUGGGCCUGGUCAACCUGGUGUCUCCACAAACAGCCUGAAUAUUAUAAAAACCUGGAUUGUGAUCACCAUGCAGUCAGUUCUCAUGUUCAACAGCAAGACUUGCUUGCCCUGCUAUUGUACCUUUCACAUAAUAAGUAUGGCGUAAUUUCUUCUAUAUUGUGAUCAUUAAGGCCAAAGUCUGGUCCUUGACAAGAUUCUCACAUUCACUGGUGUAAAAUGUUCAUGUGAAAGGAGAAAAUGUUAAAUAAAGAUCUGAGGUAGUUGCAUUGUGCCUAAUGGAAAGAACACUAUCAAAAUAGAAAUCUUGGCCCAAGUCCUCUACAUUGUGACCUUAAGCUAUUCAUUUAGCCUCUCUGUGCUUCCCUCUCUUGCUGGCUGCUUGCUUGUGCAAGUUUGUUCUUGCAUGGAUAAAGUAAGAUAAUUGAACUGAAAGGAGGGAAGGACAUGAAGCUGUACAAAGAUGGUGAUAAUAGCAUAACGUUGUCCCUUCAUUCAUUAAGUGGACAAUAAACUGACCCAGGAGGUAAAUGAAAUAGGGGUUCUGGCUGGACACCUAGCCCCCUUCGAGACUAUUCUCAUUUUGACUUCUGUGUCUUGCAUUCACCUUGUGAUUAGCAAUUCCCUCAUGCCUACCAUACCUGGCAUCUACAAAGCCUGUGUUUGCUAGACCAGCUAAGGGGCCAUGUACUUACCCAAUCAUAUCCACCGUCACCAAGGCUGCUUCUUAGAAGUGAUGUGUGGGUGUGGCUUGAUUCCCUUCAAGAUUGGCAAAAUGUAAAGGAGCCUGUAAAAAGUAAGCCCUUUGCUGGGUCUGCUGUUCCAUUCGCCUCUGUGGAGGUCUAAAUUAUACGUGUUCGGUUUCUUUUAAUGGAUCGAUGUUAGUGUCAAGGUAACAUUUGACACCACU